CUGCCCUUGGGGAAAUCCUGGAAUCUGUACUUACCAUUUUCAGUAAUCGUAUUUCAUUUUAUCCUGUAAUUUACAUCUCUGAGAAAUACUGACGUGCCUGUAAUGCCAUGCCUCAGUUGCCUACGGCCAGUCUGCCUUGCUGGGCGGUGCAGAAUGUUGCGACUGCCAUGGUUCGCCUCACCUGAGCUUCCAAUUCCACAGGCUGACAGGGAGAUCCGCCCCCAGAUAAAGGCUGAGAAAGUCACUUGUCCCAGCUCAGCAACAUGCUGAAAAUUCUAGAAGUUUAUAAGGAAGUCCCAAGAGCUCAUCAUCCAAUGUGGUCUGUAAGAUAACGGAGCAUAUACAGCACUAUACAGAAGGACAUGGAUACUGUGGUUGCCACAGCUGUGCUUCUCAGUUUCUUCUGUUCUGUAGCUUCCCAGUGCAAUAAUGCUAUCUGGACACCUGCUACAAAUUGUUCACAGUGUUCAGUGAAUGCCACUUGUGUUAACAGGACUCUAUUCUUCACUUGUGCAUGUAAUACAAGCUUUUUUGGGGAUGGUCUGACCUGCAAGACAAGCACAGAGUGUGCCCUGAAGGACUGUUGCCCUGUGGGAUACAGGUGGGAUAGCAACACCACCUGCUGUUCAUCUUUAAGUGAAUGCUCUGAUGCGAACAAAUGCAGCCCACUUGAAGACUGUAAAGAUACACUGGGCUCGUAUGUUUGCAUAGGCCCAAAGAGGAAUAACUCAAGCUUACCAAACUGUUCUGGAAAAAAUUGUUCUGGGGGACAAGACUGUCUGAAUAGCAGUAUCAGUGGACCAAGCUGCUUAGAUCCAUGUGAGUAUUAUAUGAAUCUGAGUGACCCAUGGAGAAGUGUUAGGCAGACACCAGGUGACUUUCACUGUGACAACAAUUUGCAUGGCUGGUAUCGCUUUGUGGGUCCAGGAGGACUGCAAAUGCUAGAAGGCUGUGUUAGCACUUUGCAGUGUGGGACACUAUUUCCUGUAACUCUAGGGGGUAAGCACCCCCGUCUGGCAGAUGGAAUUGUCACUCUAGAUGGAUUACGUGGCUGUAUCUCCGAAACAAACAUCAGUGUCAAAGCUUGCCCAGGCAACUACUAUGUUUACAAGUUUUCUGGCUUGCAGGAUGAUUGCCGUGGAUAUUGCACAGAUCCCGAUGAAAGCUGUGUUCCUGCAUGCACUGCUGAUCAUGAGUGCACGUAUUCAGAUGGACAGUGGAGCUGUCAAUGCAACACAACAAUGUAUCAAACACCCGUGUCAUCAUCACAACUAGUUGAGCACCUCUCUUGUGGAUCUCCAACGAUAGAACUGACAGUUCGUAAAUGUGCUGUAGAAGCAAUGCAUCUAAAUUCCUCAGAAGCUCACUUAAUUAACCAAAACUGCAAGGGGAUCCCAGUGGUAUCUGGGAACGAAACUCUGCUGUCCUUCAGAAUUUAUACAAUUAAUGACAUGUGUGAUACACACCUUUCGGUGAAUAACCCUCAUAUAAUUUAUUCAAACACUUUGAUUUUGAGUCCAGUGAACACCGCACCCAAUGUCAGUGGAUUGUCUGUUGAUUUCAUAUGCAAUUAUCCAAUGACAGUUGAAUCCAGUCUUGGAAUAGGCAUUGUCCCUCUAUACAGCAUGACAACCUUAAGUGUUGCAGGUGAAGGAACCUACCUUGUGAAGAUGACACUGUACCAACUUUCUAAUUAUACGUCUGUUUAUAGUGGAACAGUGGUGACCCUCUCUUUGGAUACUAUCUUGUUUGUUGAAAUCUCUGUAGAAAGUGCUCAGGACACAUUUGUUGUACUGAUGAAAAACUGCUUUGCAACUCCUACUCCCAAUGUCUCUGAUGCAACCAAAUACAACAUUAUUACAAAUGGCUGUCCAGACCGAAAUGGUGCAUUAGUCUAUGUUGCACAGAAUGGAGAAAAUCUAAAAGGUCGUUACUCGCUCAAGCUCUUCAGAUUUGUGGACAGUUCCAGUGUAUACAUGCAUUGUCAAAUCCAGCUGUGCAGCAAAAGCACAAACACUUGUAAACCAAACUGCUCUUCCCGAUUAUUAGCACGCAGUGAAGAUUCAGAUGGUACUAAUAUUGCCACACUGAGCUCCGUUCGUAUAAUCCGUGAUGAUCCUGCUGCCUCUGGCUCCAGCUUCUCCCCAGGGCUUCCAUGGAUAUCACAGCUUUGUUUCCUGAUAAUAUUUUUUAUACUAUGUGGCAUAUAAAUUCGUAUUUCACCUGGACAUUUUCUAUAACACCAACAUAAAACAUGGGUUAUCAUAACAGAGUCUUAGAGUAUAAUGUUUGUCCUGUACAAAAAUGAAUAGUAAUGCAUUAAUUAUCAUUUAUGGCUUACUCUGGCAUCUUCCAUUAAGAGCAUUGAUAUUAUAUUAUCCAGACUUUGUUAAACAGAACAGCGCUUUGUGUUAUCUUGCUGCAGUGGUGAUAUGCUCCUAUGUUUUUGCCGAUCUCCUACUAUGUAUUUUUUGUUAUUUAUUAUUAUAAAGGACAACAACCUGAGUUUCAUUAACUGUGUUAUAAAACAUAUGUAUACCUUUAAGAUGAUUAAGCUAAACUAUCUUCUGUUCAUUGAAUUAAGAUAGCCUCACCAAUGCAUCUUUAUAAAAUUCUUAUGGUAUGCCCCA